AUGCCUGUCCUCCCGGAAUUUCUCGCGAGGAGGACCAGCGCGGCGGUAGACGCUGCAGCCGUUUUCAUAGGCCGGGAGUUUACGGAUACGGCGUCCGCUUUGACCAAGCGUAUCGACAUACCUUUGAACAGCACGAGUCCAGCGGGACUGAUAGAAGCAAACACGGUGGAUCCCUGGAAAGAAAGUGGGAAAUAUGCGCUGGGCAUGGUCUACUUUUGUAUCAUAUUGCUGGUCUUGUCAUCAUGUUUGCGCGCCUACCACUUUUUCACGGACAAGAUCCGGACCGCGCUCCACCAGGAAGAGGUACUGAAAUCGUCAAAGACAUCAUCACCCAACACGGAUUAUGAGUUGUCAGUUUUGGAUACUGACAAGUCAACCAAAAAGUUUUUCCCACGCAAUGGGCCGUUACCACAACCUGCGCCGGUUCAAUCGUCCGUUUCCUCUUUUGGGCCAUUGAACAACCUGAUUGCGGUGUUCCGCUUUCUGUUCUACCAUCCUCUGCCUCAGUACGAGCUCCGCAAGGGCUGGAGACCGAUAGUCUUUCCGUCGCUCGGAAUAGUAUGCGUCGUUCUGGCCGCCUUGGUUUUCGUAACGCUAUAUUGUUUUAUCCCGCAACCGCUAUACUGGGAUAGUAUUCGAUUUGGCUCGCCACCUCUCGCGAUACGUUCUGGCAUGCUCGCCGUGUCGCUCAUGCCAUGGAUCAUUGCGCUAAGUAUGAAGGCGAACCUCAUCUCGCUCAUGACGGGGAUCGGGCACGAGCGGCUAAACGUGCUGCACCGUUGGGGUGCUUAUCUGAUGCUAUUCCUCAGCCUGAUACAUACGAUCCCAUUUUGUAUUACGCCCAUCUGGGAAGAUGGGGGACUGGAGGUUUUCUACGUACUCCUCCGGGGAGAUAAUUUUUAUCCUUACGGCACAGGAAUUGCCGCCAUUGUGCCAUUGUUAUUCCUUUGUAUCCACUCCCUGCCUCAGAUUCGGAGUUGGAUGUACGAACUGUUUGUGUCAGUUCACGUACCAGUCUCGAUUGUGUACCUGGCAAUGCUCUUUUGGCAUUGCCGCAACUUCCUUACGUCGUGGCAUUACCUAUACGCGACUGUGGCGAUAUGGGUAGCUUCCUACAUCAUCCGCCUCUUCUACCUGAACUGGACGAAUCCCAGGCGCAUGUCCUGGCUGAUUGGAGACGAGGCGGCAGUGACGAUCCUCCCGGAGAACGCCAUCAAAGUCACCAUCCCGACACAGACGAAAUGGAGACCCGGCCAGUAUGUGUACCUGCGGAUGCCGGGCAUCUCCGUUUUCGAGAACCACCCUUUCACGAUAGCGUCGCUGUGCAGCGAUGACUUCCCGUCCGCAUACGGCCCGGAAUACCGGGAUAUGGUGCUCGUGUUCCGCCCGUUCCGCGGAUUCACUCAAAAGGUCCUUAAGAGCGCCAUUGAACAUGGGCCGUGGCAUACCUACCGCGCGUUCAUCGACGGACCUUACGGAGGCAUGCAAAGACGGCUGGAAGCCUUCGACCACGUCGUACUCAUUGCAGGCGGUAGCGGCGUAACAGCCCUCGUCAGCCAGCUGCUUGACCUGGUAAAACGGAUGCGAGACGGCAAAGCAGUGACGAAGAGCGUGCAAGUAGUGUGGGCAUGCAAGCGACCAGAAACAAUGGAGUGGUUUAAAGAAGAGCUGCGCAUCUGCCGGGAGUUUGCGCCGCCGGACACGGUGCAGUUCCAGUUCUUCAUCACGGCAGCGAAGCGGCUGCCACGGACGGGCCAGAUCGUCAGCGCGCAGACGCCGACGCGGCCCGUCAGCAUGUUCUUCCACGACCGCGUCAACGACGCCUUCCAGGACAUUGCGGAUAAGCGGCUGUCCGGGUUGUCGUGGACGAAGCGGCACUCGGCCCUCAUCAAUGACGAGGCGCAGGGCGAUCCGGAGCGCGAGAAGGAGCUCCGCCGCGAGAACGAAGACGGCAUCAGCGCGCUGCCGCAGGCGCACAUGCUGCCGAUCGGGGGACGGGGCAACGCCAACAACCACAACAGCAGCAGCAGCCGGCCAACAUCAACAGCAUCGACCGCAACCGCAUCCUCAGAAACGCAGCUCGCGCAACCCACGCCCACGCACGCAGGCGAAAAGCGACGCACGCGCAACCUCAGCAUCGACAUCCAGCAAGCGGUAGCGGCGGGCAGCGGGGCGCUCGACACGUCCGUGACGCAGCCGGCCACGCAAGCGGCCUUCGACUUCGGCUUCCCGUCGACGCCGACCGAGUUCCAGAAGAACCUGAUGCGCUUCGCGUUCCUGCCCGCCGCGGUCAAGAAGAAGGACGGCUGGAGCACCGAGUACGGCCGCCCGCAGAUCGCGUACAUGCUGCGGCAGUUCAGCCGCGAGUUUGGGCGCCGCACCGCCGUCUUUGUGUGUGGGCCGCCGGGCAUGCGCAUUGAUGUUGCUGAGGCGGUAGCGGGGCUGCAGAAGGACGUUUGGCGUGAUGAGGGCAGAGAUGAGAUUUAUUUGCAUGCGGAGAAUUAUGCUAUUUGA